UAGAGUCUCCAAUUGAAUCUGAAAAUAACGAUGAUGAAAAGAGUUCUGAUCUUGAAUAUGAUAUUGCCGAAUCUGGUGAAGAGAAUAAUCAGGAUACUGAUUGUAAGGUUAAAUCUAGAAAUCUUGACAAUAGUGAAGAUGUGAUUAGUGAUCCUAUUCAGGAACUUUUUGCUCAUAUUUUUGUAAAUGAUUCCUGGACAU